GUCUGUUACAAAUAUGAUGACGUAUACAAAGUGUCUGGACUGCAAGACCCAGUUCACAGAUCCAUCUGGAGUUUUUCACAGACACUGAUUGCAUCAGAAGAUGGGCACCGUGACGUUACAUCCACUGCUGCUGCUGUUGUUUGGGUGCUUCCAAGGAGCCAUUUCCCAGUCUGAAUGGCUUGAAGAGGUGGAAGGUAGUGUUGAGACAGAAUGGCUUCCUGAGCCAGAUUUCAUAGAUGACAUCUAUUGGUCCGGGUCAGCACCCCUCUGCAUGGGAGGCUGUCGGGCGCAGCACCAGGAGCUGAGGAGAGAUCGCUGCGGAGAUUCGAGCUGCUGCUGGAUCGGCUACAAGUCCCUGUGCAGAGUGAACUGUGGGAGGCCAGAUGUGGACUAUAAUGGAGCAGUGUAUGGUAACGACUGGUGGGUGGGCUCCGUGGUGAGGUACACCUGUCGCCCCGGCUUCAUGCUGGUGGGAAGCCCGACCAGAACUUGCCAGCAGAAUGGCCUCUGGACACCGAAACCCUUCUGCCUCCGAAUGUGUCAGCGGGGACAGAUUGAAGUCAGUGAGAGGGAACUCAAUGGGACGUGCAACUCCACCUGCGCAUAUAAAAGCUACUUCGGCCCGCCCAAGCAAGGCUGCUCCCGGAUAGACAACUGUAAGACCAAGGACACGGGCUGGAAGCGGUUCUUCUCACAGUGUGUCCCCUGCAUUUGUGACUGCGCUCUAUCAUGUCGUGAGUCGCUUCCCCGCCGCACCAGCAAGAGCAAAUGAAUGAAAAAGGACUUGAACUGG